UCCAUUUCCUAUAUAGUUUUCCUUCUUCUUCCAAACCCAGUUGCACUCAAAUUCAUUGUUUUUAUUUAAAUAGAAAGAAUUCCCAAUUGUUUAAUUACAGACGUCAGAAAUAAUCCAAAACAAAAAUCCUCGCAACAAAACAAAAGCUGCAAGAGAGAGACUUCCCAAUCAUUCAUCUGAAACCAAAUCCACAGACACCCCAGAAACGACGCCGUUCAGACCUUCCUAGGGCUUCGAAUCCCGUCGCCGAUCGAACUCAAAUUCUGGGGAAUUUUGCUCACAUGGAAGUGGAGGUCGCCGAUUCGAUACCCUCGGUAGCUGCGGCGAAGCUGAGGAGAGGGGAUUCCGAUAAGGAUCGGCUCCGUGUGAAGAAGAAGACUCUUCAGGCCGUCCUCGACCAGUGCCAGCGAGCUCUUGAAUCGCUCGGUACCACCGCCGACGGUGCCGAUGACGACGGUGACGAUGAAGAAGAGGAUAGAGACGGUGGCGGUGACGCCGUUGGCGAAGGCAGUGGCUCCACGACGACGACGACUUCUCCUCGUGCUGACUGCGAAGCUGAUGAGUUGUGCAAUCUUCUUAAAUCUAGAGUUGAGUGCCCAGACUUCCUGGAAAAGUUAGAAUCUGCACAAGCAUCAGUUCCACAAAAUAUUGCUGAAGAAGGCAAUUCUUGGGAUCUAGUCAGUGAGAAAGAUCUAUGGGAAUAUGAGGAUGACAACUUGGGUGAAGAUGAGUAUGUCCUUGUUAAGCAAGAAGAUAUAGUAGAGGGUAUUGCAUGCUUUAUGGCUGCAUACUUGUUAUCCCUUAAAGAAACUAAGGAAUUGACCCCUACACAACUUCAGGAAGCCCUCAGCAAGACAUUCUCAGUGAAAAAGAAGAAAGGAAAACUUCGAAAGGCAUGGGAUGGAAGCAAAGUCAUCUAUAAUGUAGCAUCAUGGGGAGCAACUGCCAUUGGGAUAUAUCAGAACCCUGUAAUCGUCAGGGCUGCCACAAAAGCCUUCUGGACAUCUUGCCAGGUUAUAUCAAAGCUUCUCUAGUGUAUCAUUGCUGCUGUGGGAAUGGUUUAUAGUGUUCAGGAUUGACUUGUUGUGUUUAAGCUUUGUAACUCUGAACACGCCUUUGUGUUCCCUGAGUUCUGUAAUGUUACUGGCAUUUGUUUCGUGCUACAGAUGGGCUUGAUUCCUUGAUGAAAUUCAAUCUUGUAAAUAUUUCCUUCUAGUUGAAGAGUGCAAAUCAGAUUCAUUGUUAGCAUAGCAUUUGGGCAUUACC